GCAGCUGUGGAAAUGAGAUAAAACUGAGCUGCCACUUUGGGAAGCUCUCAUUCACUCACUUGUUGCAGCCAGAAACCUCUGAAGCCAAAAGUAAAAACGUUUGGUGACUCGUCAUUGUGCUGGAUGCCGGCUGUUUCCUGCGAGCAAAAGGGAGUUCAACAGGUGGAGGGAAUGAAGCUUUGAUCUUUGCACUUUGUGGACUUUUUUUCUUUUAAAAAGCAGAAUUUAAAUAUUUUUUUUUGCUAUUUUUGGUUUGUCUCUCAAACUUUAUCUUUUUGCUGAAGACAUUUUGAAGAACACUGAACUCUGAAGCUAGCACACCUCUGAACAGACUAUGAACGUGCUGUCGAAUCCAGUGAUCAGGGCCCAGGAGCAGUCUCUGCCUCCCUGUGGCCCCGGGUCUGUCCACCAGGACUUACCCCACUGCCCUCCGGGGUUCAACCUGAGCUCCCGCCUAAAUCCUGCGCCCAUGCUUGGCCUCCAGAGUGGCCAGAGACCAACCAAACCUCAGAGGGAGCUGAGCCCAGAGGAGCAGCAGGAACUCAGGAGGAAGAUCAACAGCAGGGAGAGGAAGCGGAUGCAGGACUUGAACAUUGCCAUGGAUGCCCUGAGGGAGGUCAUGGUGCCUUACGCCUCCUCGCCAUCGCCCUCCUCCUCUUCCUCCUCCUCCUCUCAGUCCCACCCGCCGGGAGCUCCUCCGGGCCGUAGGCUCUCCAAGAUCUCCACCUUGGUUCUGGCCAGGAACUACAUCCUCCUCCUGGGUUCGUCUCUGCAGGAGAUGCGGCGGCUGCUGGGGGAGGUGAGCGUGGGGAUGGGGGUGAACGCGGGGCCGGUCCCCCGGCUGCUGCUCGCUGGAGGGUGGCCCCUCAUAUCUGGCCCCAGUCAGCUCCUCCUCACCCAGGAGUCCCUCCUCACCUCAGCAGCCUCCUCCUCUUCCUCCACGUCGUCGUCGUCGCCUGCCGUUAAAUGUCCCCUGUUGUCUCCGGGCCCCAUGGAGGCCCAGCUGGCUCCUGUGCAUUGGAGCUCCGCGGGGGCCUCAGGAGGGCCCCUGUGCCCCUGUGGAGUCUGCAGACUGCCCAGAUUUAGCCACGCCGCUCCGGCUCCACGAUUCUCAAAGUGACACCUUGAAGUUGAAGUUUAAGAACGGACUUGAUGACUGUUAUAAGUUUUUUAUAUAUAUAUAAAUUGUUAUUUUUCUAACAUUUGUAACAUGUUUAUAAUAAUUUAAUGCAAUAACUUACCAUUAUCCUUUGAGCUUUUUAAACCUAAUGGAUCUACUUUGUAUUUGGUAAGCCAGUUUCUUUAUGAAGCAAAUAUAAUAAUCCCCCUUUUUGAUAAAUUGCAUUUUAUUACUUUUACUUUUACUUUGAUUGACUUCUUUGACGAUUGUUAUUGAAAGUGUGAGCUUUAAUGACUGUUUGUGCGUGUGUGUGUGUGUGUGUGUGUGUGCUUGUACAGCUAACUCUGUGAGGACCAAUUUGAGUUUGACACCUUCAGAGUGAGGACAUUUCUGGACAGUGAGGACAUUUUGGCCAGUCUUCACCUUCGGACAGACUUUCAAAGGCCUGGUUAGAAUUAGGUUUAGGGUUAGGGUCAGGGUUAGGGUUAGGGUCAGGGUUAGGGUUAGGGUUAGGGUUAGGGUUAGGGUUGGAGUCAGACAUUUAGUUGUGUUGGGGUUAGGGAAUGCAUUAUGUCAAUGACUGUCCUCACAAAGAUAGAAGUACAAGGCUGUGUGUGUGUGUGUCUGUGUGUAUGUGUGCGUUUGAUUGCAGGAUUGUAGCUUGUUGGGUGGUCACAAUUUUGGGGGCCCAUAACUGGAGAGAGCCCAAAUCAGGGACUCUUAUCAAAUAAAAAGUGUCAUAUUUAAGAGCA